AUGCCUGGGGACUAUGACAUUGAAUACUGCUCCAUGUGGGCUGGUGCCAACUUCCUUCCAACUGGUGCUGAAGGCUCUGCGCAUGCCCGGUGGGAAACAAACACCUGGCCUGUUCUUGAAGACCUGGCUCAAAAUCACCCGGAAGCUGGCAUACAUUUCCAAAAGUCGGUUGUAAUAAAUCGAAAGAAGGAUGCAAAUUCUUCUACAGGACUAUGGUUCAAAGAGCUACUCCGUCCUGAUCCUUGGUACAAGGACAUUGUGCCUGGUUUCACACUUACUCCCGAUAGUGAUCUUCCAGAAGGAGUAGAUAACCAAGCUGAGUUCACUUCAGUUUGCAUGAAUGCGCCCAUCUACCUGGCAUGGUUGGUAUCACAGUGCUGCAAGAAUGGAGUCGUUUUCAAGCGUGCUACCUUCAAACAUUUAUCCGAAGCCGCCAAAGUACAUUCCUCUGGCCAGAGGCCUGAUGUUAUCGUCAACUGUACCGGCCUCGGGUCACUGAAGCUAGGCGGAGUCGAGGAUACUAAGAUGUACCCUGCUCGCGGCCAGGUUGUGGUUGUACGAAACGACCCAGGUGCCAUGUAUUCCUUAUCUGGCUGUGAUGAUGGGGAUGACGAAGCUUGCUACGUGAUGAUGAGGGCAGCCGGGGGCGGAACUAUCCUAGGCGGAUCCUACCAGGUAAAUAGCUGGGAUAGCCAGCCAGAACCCAGCCUAGCAGUACGCAUAAUGAGACGAUGCGUUGCCGUCUGCCCUCAACUUGUUGGCAAGGAUGAAAACGGCAAGCAGAGAGGUAUCGAGGGUCUUGAUAUCAUUCGCCAUGGCGUUGGCCUACGGCCUCUUAGACAAGGAGGUACGAGAGUUGAAAAGGACAAGAUCGAUGGCAUUGCCGUGGUGCAUAAUUACGGCCAUGGCGGAUUCGGAUACCAGACUUCAUUUGGAUGCUGUGCCGAAGUUGCUGCUUUGGUGAAGGAGACUUUGGCAGAAAAGAAGAUAAAAGCUCGGCUUUAG